CCUGGUUCUCCUGGCUGUCAAAGAAGAGUUGUAUCACCGUUCUCAGUUUACGCCCUGGCGCUGUUAUCAUCAAUUAAACAUAUAAAUCAGUAAGUGAACGAUUUAGAUACAUAUUUUGUGCCUUUUCCUUAUUGUUCUAUUGAUAAUAUGAAAAGUUAAACGACUGGCAGCGAGCCAGACAAUAUCAUGCGGAACGUCAAUGCGACAUUGUAUCCAUUGCUAGAACCCUCUCUCCACUGCGCCUUCAUAAACGUUUUCUGUUCUACGAUAAUGAUACGGAUUUCAGUUUUAUUUUACACCGUUGUAUAGAAUAGAAACAGUGUGAAAUAGAGUUAUAAUUUAUUCCUGUUGCCUUUGCAUUGGAUAGCCAGUAUCACCGAAAUGGGGAUGGAUUUACAUAUUGUUUUUCAUAAUGCAAUGUUUAAGAAUUGGAAAAAAAAUGCUUAGUUAGUUUGGCCUCUAAAUUGACAUUGUCGUGUUUGUGUAACCUUCAUUUGAGUUGAUGUCACUGUUAUUAUAUGUGUAUUUGUUUCCACUAACUAUAAGUCUCAAGCUAAGAUUGUGUCUUAGAGUGAUUUACUGUAUCUAAUGUGGAUGGUGGCGUCUGUCUCUCGCGUAAUCAUAUCUCUUCCUCAUGAGGUUCUCUGUGUCAUUUCUUCAUUUUUUGUCAUUCAGUUGAAGAAACGGCUGCUCCCAUGUGGAUUUUGGUCCUGGUGUGUUGGGUGGAGAUGCGUGUAGCCAUGUGGGCUAUGGUCCUGGUGUGUUGGGUGGAGAUGCGUGUAGCCAUGUGGGCUAUGGCCCUGGUGUGUUGGGUGGAGAUGCGUGUAGCCAUGUGGGCUAUGGCCCUGGUGUGUUAUGUUGGAGAUGUGUCACCAGGAAGUAAUGCCAUUCUGAAACCAAUCAUUGACUUGUCUCUCUGCAUGGACUGGGCUAUAAGACCCCUCCCCAUUCAUCAGCCAUUGUAGUAUAGAGCAAAUGAGGGUUAAAUUCCUUGUUUAACCUUUCUGUUACUGGGCCAACGCUCUAACCAGUAGGCUACCUGCCUCACUCUAACACAUUCACUGGAUCAACAAGAUGGUGUCAUACUCAUGCUACAUAAACUUUUUUUAUUUUCUUAUAAUCAUAUAUUUUAUUUUAUGAUCCCUCUGAUAAACACAUAAUACACAGGUAAUAAACACAUCAUGCAGCUUUAAUGUCUCAUCCAAAAGGAUUUCCCUGUCUACAUUCAUGACAGAUAAGAAAAUGACAUAUGAAAAUGUUUAUUCUCAUAGUCAUCCUAUGAGGGAAAUCAUUACCUCUGGCCUAGCGAAACAAGAGCUGCUGGUGUGCAUGCAUAAACCACUCUGAUGUUUGCUCCGUUAAAGAUUAGAAUAGAUUGAAAAUGAUGUGUCUUCAAGCAGAUUGUCAGAGCACCUGGCCCUAGCCGAUUGGCUCUUUGCCCUCGGGUCACGCCCUCUCCACAUGAUCACCUGUCAUGUCAUUGCAAUAUAACCCAGUGUAUCUAACUCAGUCCACUGCUGUGUGUGUUGUGCUGCAGGACCAGCAUCAAUGGCGUUCCGGAAGGCCUUGAAAGGGACAGCUAUCAUCGGGACUGGGGCGGCCGCUGCUCUUCUGGGCCUGUCACAACUGUCGGAAUACAGAAAGACACAGGUAGGCCUGGGAGAUUUGAGACAUUGAGAUUAUUUAGUGGGUUAGGUUGCAUUUUACACAAUCUGCUUGUGUUGUUGUUUUGUAAACUCGUUUUUCUGAUACUUGUAUGGAUGUUGAGUUUGUAUGCUGCAUUGAGGACAUUAACGUUUUCUAAUCUGAUCUUAUGUUGCCAAGGUUGUGGUUGUCUGUUUCUAAAGUCAGGACCUGUAAAUGACACCUCAGAGUCCCUCUGCUGCAGGUUACGUAUAGUAACGAGAGUGGGAGAGCAUCUGACAAUGGCAGGGCAGGCUCCUGUGAGUCUACUAGGGAACGGCCAUCUGGGCAGCAGGUUGGCAUUUAUUGGGAAGACUAAUGUACUGGAGGCAGCUGUGUGGUCACUAGCUGGCACACACCUUAAGCCUAACCUGAAAGUAAGACCAAAUAGAGCACUUUUUUUCAUGAAUUUUUACAAUAUAGCCAAUUUUGACUUUGCAGCUGGCCCAUCUAGCAGAAUUCACUCAGUUCUGCCUCCAGGACAAGAUUCGUGACAGUGAACGUCAGCCUGCAUCUGGGCAUGUCUUAUCUAGACUGAGGAAUGUGUUCCACUUUUAUUCAACACUAUACUGCUUAGAUGGGACUGCUGUGUAGAGUAAAGUUGACCUGAAUAUGAAGACAGUCAAUGGGACUGCUGUGUAGAGUGAAGUUGACCUGAAUAUGAAGACAGUCAAUGGGACUGCUGUGUAGAGUGAAGUUGACCUGAAUAUGAAGACAGUCAAUGGGACUGCUGUGUAGAGUGAAGUUGACCUGAAUAUGAAGACAGUCAAUGGGACAAACCCUGAUCAUAAAAUAGCUCAAUUUCUGUCUCAACUUGCCAUAAACUGCCUUCGGGAGUGGUAAGAUGGACUUUAGCUAUGUGACGUGAGUAGUUCUUAUGUCUUAUUUCAUUUAUGUUCAGACAAGUAAGGGAACAUGACUUAUGAUGUUUGAUUAGUACACUGAAAUAAUCAACACUAUUUCGGCGACAAACAAACAAACGGAGGUGCAAUGGGAGUCCUGAUUAUUUUUCAUUUAAUCAAAUCUGAUGAAGCUCAUGUGGAUCAUGUAGCAUAGCGUCUGAAACUCUAGGGAACUGGCAAAAAUACCCCUCCAUGAUGUUUCCAUGGCAAUGCAUCACUUGAUAUUAUUCAUAGGGCAACUGCAGUGUGAACAAGCAUUAGCCUGGUCCCAGAUCAGUUUGUGCCGAACAUGUUUGACGUGAUAAUGACUAUAUUGACAGCACAAACCAUUCUGAGACCAGGAGACCACUGCAUCACUGUAGACCAGGGAUUGAAAUAGCCAAGGAGUCACGCGGGUAACGUUAGAAAGAGAGAAACAGGUGCAUCUUGACCUCUGAACCUAGUCAGAACCUCAGAUAUAAAUACGACUUACAGUAUACCUUCUAUUUCAAUGGUAUGUUAUUACAAGUGACAUACCAGGUCACUUGUCCAAAGCAUCUGAGCCUUUGUGUGACCCUUUGUCCUAAUGUGAACUUUUAUUUCUGUAUCCUGGUAUGAUAUCUUGUCCCCCAACCUUCCUCCCAAACAAGAAUAAAUGGGUAAGCAAAAGUCAAACGCCUCCGAAUAAAUAAUAAUAAUCUGCAAUCAUGCAUGCGGACGACGGUAGCCAACACUAACUAACCCUUGAGAUUCUACUGCUAAUUGGAUAAAUAUGUCUGCUUGGUCUCCUCUGUGACAAGGGCACAAUCUCUUUCUCUCUUUCAGCUUGAACGUUUUUUUGUUUUCUGGCGGUGGGCGAUUGGACAUUUGCAUGACAUCCACUGUCUCACUGACUCCAUGUACUCAACGUGAUUGCAGGGCAGACUGCCACUUAAUUGUCUGUGGGUGUUUAAAUAUGCACGUCCAUGGAAAUAGACACUAAUUAUUUGAUCUUGUUUGCUGUUACGGUCCUAAAUUACAAAUGCCCGGGUUUCAUUCACAGAUUUGCAAGUCAAAUGGACCAAGUGGCGUCGCAGCAGCUCGAUGUAAUCAUUUAGAGAAUAAAAUGUUAAAUAGAAAAAGGAAUAAAAUGUUUCAUUAUGGCAGCCAUCCUUGACUUGCUUGUCCCCAUGAUCCUUGAGUUCAGAACAGACUUGAUUUGACUUUGUUCUUUUUUCCUCGAGUUAUUUUGUGCGUUUGCAUAUCAGACACCAGGAAUCAUUGUUAUUAUCGAAGUACUACAAGCAGGGGUCUUUCUGUAUGAAUAUGAUUGCAGGGUACAACCCUUAACAAUAUGCGUACCUGAUUUUGUUGUUGUGACCAUAGAUAUCUAUGGUCGUGACAAUGUUGUUGUGACAAUGUAGACACAUCUAUCCCAGAGGAGAUUAUCCAAGGUUUAAGGCAUUGCUUUAUGCCUUCACUAAUCUCUGAACCCAGAACCAAAUCUUGAUUAUGUUCACAGUCUGUCACAAAAGACUAUGCCUUCACUAAAAUAGAUUUAACUGUGUAUGUACUGCAUGUUGUCCAGGCACGGCUGGCGUAUGUAGCGGCGGAGGGGGAGUUACAGCAGCCGUUUAAAGAUGAGCUCCCAACCAGACAGGCUCAGCUCUCCACCCUGCAAGACACUGAGGAGUUUGACGUCCUUGUCGUAGGGGGAGGGGCCACAGGCUCCGGAUGUGCCUUAGACGCUGUCACACGCAGUGAGUCCCCAAUGAACUGCACCGUUUUGGGAAAACCUUUUUGGGUUGGGGGUCAAUUACAUUUCAGUUCAGUCAAUGUGCAGGAGAGUCGAGGCUAUUCUUCUCUCAAUAUUAUGAGGCCCUCAAUGCAAUAUGCAUGCCCUGCCAUUUUCCCUUCAUGAAUAUUAUACGACAGGAGAAGCACAUGGAAGUCAUAACCUAGCAAAAGCCUCCUGAAUAGCUCUGACUCUGAGGGUGCGUCCGAAAUGGCACCCUAUUCCCUAUAUAGACAUGAUCAGUCUAUAAUUUUAAUGGUAGGUUUAUUGGAACAGUGAGAGACAGAAUAACAACAAAAAAAUCCAGAAAAACGCAUGUCAAAAAUGUUAUAAAUUGAUUUGCAUUUUAAUGAGGGAAAUAAGUAUUUGACCCCUCUGCAAAACAUUACAUAGUACUUGGUGGCAAAACCCUUGUUGGCAAUCACAGAGGUCAGACGUUUCUUGUAGUUGGCCACCAGGUUUGCACACAUCUCAGGAGGGAUUUUGUCCCACUCCUCUUUGCAGAUCUUCUCCAAGUCAUUAAGGUUUCGAGGCUGACGUUUGGCAACUCGAACCUUCAGCUCCCUCCACAGAUUUUCAAUGGGAUUAAGGUCUGGAGACUGGCUAGGCCACUCCAGGACCUUAAUGUGCUUCUUCUUGAGCCACUCCUUUGUUGCCUUGGCCGUGUGUUUUGGGUCAUUGUCAUGCUGGAAUACCUAUCCACGACCCAUUUUCAAUGCCCUGGCUGAGGGAAGGAGGUUCUCACCUAAGAUUUGACGGUACAUGGCCCCGUCCAUCGUCCCUUUGAUGCGGUGAAGUUGUCCUGUCCCCUUAGCAGAAAAACACCCCCAAAGCAUAAUGUUUCCACCUCCAUGUUUGACGGUGGGGAUGGUGUUCUUGGGGUCAUUGGCAGAAUUCCUCGUCCUCCAAACACGGCGAAUUGAGUUGAUGCCAAAGAGCUCCAUUUUGGUCUCAUCUGACCAUAACACUUUCACCUAGUUCUCCUCUGAAUCAUUCAGAUGUUCAUUGGCAAACUUCAGAUGGGCCUGUAUAUGAACUGUCUUGAGGAGGGGGACCUUGCGGACGCUGCAGGAUUUCAGUCCUUCACGGCGUAGUGUGUUACCAAUUGUUUUCUUGGUGAUUAUGGUCCCAGCUGCCUUGAGAUCAUUGACAAGAUCAUCCCGUGUAGUUCUGGGUUGAUUCCUCACCGCUCUCAUGAUCAUUGCAACUCCACGAGGUGAGAUCUUGCAUGGAGCCCCAGGCCGAGGGAAAUUGACAGUUAUUUUGUGUUUCUUCUAUUUGCGAAUAAUCGCACCAACUGUUGUCAACUUCUCACCAAGCUGCUUGGCGAUGGUCUUGUAGCCCAUUCCAGCCUUGUGUAGGUCUACAAUCUUGUCCCUGACAUCCUUGGAGAGCUCUUUGGUCUUGGCCAUGGUGGAGAGUUUGGCAUCUGAUUGAUUGAUUGCUUCUGUGGACAGCUGUCUUUUAUACAGGUAACAAGCUGAGAUUAGGAGCACUCCCUUUAAGAGUGUGCUCCUAAUCUCAGAUCGUUACCUGUAUAAAAGACACCUGGGAGCCAGAAAUCUUUCUGAUUGAGAGGGGGUCAAAUACUUAUUUCCCUCAUUGAAAUGCAAAUCAAUUUCUAACAUUUUUGACAUGCGUUUUUCUGUUUUUUUGUUGUUGUUAUUCUGUCUCUCACUGUUCAAAUAAACCUACCAUUAAAAUUAUAGACUGAUAAUUUAUUUGUCAGUGGGAGUGCACUAUGUUUGACCAGAGCCCUGGUUGAAGGUAGUGCGCUAUAUAGGGAAUAGGGUGCCAUUUCAGCCAGUCUGAGUCUAAAUCCUAGUCUUGUCUUGAUCUGUCUCUGUGUCUCUGCUCUCCUAGACCUUAAGACUGCCCUGGUGGAGAGGAAUGAUUUCUCAUCGGGGACCAGCAGCCGCAGCACCAAGCUCAUCCACGGGGGAGUACGUUACCUCCAAAAGGCCAUCAUGAAAUUAGAUUACGAACAGGUAAACGGCUCGCUUCUCCCAUGCUGCCUGACAGUUGGUUCCCUCUGUGAUCACAUUGCUUUGUUUUCCCCCGUUGUGGACAUUUGUCAUUGAAAAGAGAUUGAGAGGUUGGAAGAUUCAGAGGGUUUUAGGGCACUAGGUGUUUCCAAUAAUCCUUCUUUAGUCUCGUAUUGUGUUAAUGCUACGAGCAUACUCAUACUAUUCUACCAACAUGCACUGUAUUACAUACUCAUACUAUUCUACCAACAUGCACUGUAUUACAUACUCAUACUAUUCUACCAACAUGCACUGUAUUACAUACUCACACUAUUCUACCAACAUGCACUGUAUUACAUACUCACACUAUUCUACCAACAUGCACUGUAUUACAUACUCACACUAUUCUACCAACAUGCACUGUAUUACAUACUCAUACUAUUCUACCAACAUGCACUGUAUUACAUACUCAUACUAUUCUACCAACAUGCACUGUAUUACAUACUCAUACUAUUCUACCAACAUGCACUGUAUUACAUACUCAUACUAUUCUACCAACAUGCACUGUAUUACAUACUCACACUAUUCUACCAACAUGCACUGUAUUACAUACUCAUACUAUUCUACCAACAUGCACUGUAUUACAUACUCAUACUAUUCUACCAACAUGCACUGUAUUACAUACUCACACUAUUCUACCAACAUGCACUGUAUUACAUACUCAUACUAUUCUACCAACAUGCACUGUAUUACAUACUCAUACUAUUCUACCAACAUGCACUGUAUUACAUACUCAUACUAUUCUACCAACAUGCACUGUAUUACAUACUCAUACUAUUCUACCAACAUGCACUGUAUUACAUACUCAUACUAUUCUAACAACAUGCACUGUAUUAUGUGUUAGAUGAUAUCUAGCCAUUUUACUGUACCUCUAAACCCCUCUUUCCCCUGUUCUCAGUACAUGAUGGUGAAAGAGGCUCUCCACGAGCGCUCCAACCUGCUAGAAAUCGCCCCUCAUCUGUCUGCCCCACUACCCAUCAUGCUCCCUGUUUACAAGUAAGACACGAGUCCAUACAGUUAGUAGAAUGAGAGUUACACCCUGUCAACUGAAAAUGUUAUGAGUGGUUGGUGGUUGUUCAACCGGAUACAAGCCAGAUGGCCAUUCUGUAUAACAGACAGCAAUACCAGGUGUCCUCUAAUGGUUACCUCUAACGGUUACCUCUAAUGGUUACGUCUAAUGGUUACGUCUAAUGGUUACCUCUAACGGUUACCUCUAACGGUUACCUCUAAUGGUUACUGACUGAAAGUCACUCUGCAUAAGAGCAUCUGCUAAAUGACCAACAUGUAAAUGUAAUGGCUGAAUGUACUCUGUCUACUGGGCUGGUAUAAAGAUGCUGUACUGUACUAUCUGUGUAUAGAUGGUGGCAGCUGCCGUACUACUGGGCUGGUACUACUACGUACUAUCUGUGUAAGAUGGUGGCAGCUGCCAACUACUGGGCUGGUAUAAGAUGCUGUACUGUACUAUCUGUGUAUAGAUGGUGGCAGCUGCCGUACUACUGGGCUGGUAUAAAGAUGCUGUACUGUACUAUCUGUGUAUAGAUGGUGGCAGCUGCCGUACUACUGGGCUGGUAUAAAGAUGCUGUACUGUACUAUCUGUGUAUAGAUGGUGGCAGCUGCCAUACUACUGGGCUGGUAUAAAGAUGCUGUACUGUACUAUCUGUGUAUAGAUGGUGGCAGCUGCCGUACUACUGGGCUGGUAUAAAGAUGCUGUACUGUACUAUCUGUGUAUAGAUGGUGGCAGCUGCCGUACUACUGGGCUGGUAUAAAGAUGCUGUACUGUACUAUCUGUGUAUAGAUGGUGGCAGCUGCCAUACUACUGGGCUGGUAUAAAGAUGCUGUACUGUACUAUCUGUGUAUAGAUGGUGGCAGCUGCCCGUACUACUGGGCUGUAUAAGAUGCUGUACUGUACUAUCUGUGUUAGAUGGUGGCAGCUGCCAUACUACAGGGCUGGUAUAAAGAUGCUGUACUGUACUAUCUGUGUAUAGAUGUGGCAGCUGCCAUACUACUGGCUGGUAUAAAGAUGCUGUACUCUACUAUCUUGUAUAGAUGGUGGCAGCUGCCAUACUACUGGCUGGUAUAAAGAUGCUGUACUGUACUAUCUGUGUAUAGAUGGUGGCAGCUGCCGUACUACUGGGCUGGUAUAAAGAUGCUGUACUCUACUAUCUGUGUAUAGAUGGUGGCAGCUGCCGUACUACUGGGCUGGUAUAAAGAUGUACGACCUGGUGGCUGGAGGCCAGUGUCUGAAGAGCAGCUAUGUGCUCAGUAAGAACAAGGCCCUGGAACUCUUCCCCAUGCUGAAGAAAGACAAGCUGGUAGGAGCCAUCGUCUACUAUGAUGGUGAGUAGUUCUCAUUGUUAUCUUCAUUCAAAGGGCUUUUUAGUCCAGGGUUAGGUUUAAUAUGGGUCCGGGGAACUGCUCCAAAAUGUAUUACACUCUGGAUAAGAGCGUCUGCUAAAUGACUAGAAUGUAAAUGUAAAUGAAUUGCUAGACAUACUAACACUUCAGUCAGUUAUGCUCCUAUAGGAUGGUAAUAACCUUCUCAUUUAUCAAGAGGCUUCCCUUCUGUUUGCUAAGUGGGCUAUGUCUAGCGCCGGUACAUGUCUAGCGCCGGUACAUGUCUAGCGCCGGUACAUGUCUAGCGCCGGUACAUGUCUAGCGCCAUACAUUAAGAAUUCAUAUUAGCCCACACUGUUAUUAAACAAAACAUUUUCAUAAAAAUAGUGCCUUUUUCCCAACAGUAACAACAUUAUAUUUCCUUACUGUGGGUGUGAAUUAAAUGUGGCCCAAGUCAACAACAAGACAAGACACAAGGGAGCCGGUGGCCAUCAGAUCUCAUAAGUCCAUUGAUGCCUGAACCAAUGCGUCUGCGAGCAGCUUGUGCUCUCUAUGUGCCUUGGGCCAAGGCUGUGAAGUGUGUGCGUGGCCACGGAGACGACCAAUCAUAUGUUCCUGCUCUAUCUGGGUGUAUUCUGUGCAGAUAAUGUCCCGUUAGUUGACUGGAGGCCUCUCUUUUUCACACCAACAACAGCCAACUCUGUGCCUGAAGGCUGUCUGAAUCAGUCAGUCUACAUUUAGAUUCUACUGGGUCCCUCCAAGAGUGGAAAGCUCUUCUCUGAGGGGGAUAAUAUACCAGGCCAGAUAUCUGAGCAGCAGUUCGUCACAUUCACUCACUUGACUUUCUGAGGAAAAGAGUGAGGCAUGUUGAUAUUUCUUUUGUAGCAUUUUGUUUAUUUGAAUGCGUUUUGAUUAUUGCUAAUUUGUAAUUUGCAUAACAUAUUUUUAGUUUAACAUUUCUUCCAGGUGGAAUGUAUGGGUAUAUAUUGUCUCUGGGAGUACUGUCUGUCUACCAGCUAACAGAGAGAAUAUUCGGAGGGGUUUUGUGUUGGGUUGAAGCAGCAUUGUUGGGUUGGUUUGUACCCCUCCCCCCAGGAGGCAGAGGGGGUCUUUUCUCUCCAAUUAUUCCGUCUGGAACAAUCACGGCCGUGACAUUUCAGAAGCUGACCUUCUCUGCUACCGCGGCUCAGAGAAGAGGAUAGCAGUACCGUGGUCUGACUGCCAGCCUGCUCUGUCUCCUCCUCUUCUUCGGCCUGCCGGGUGGGAUCUUAGACAGCACCAGUGUUACUCAUUUCCCAGGAGACCAGUGUGGUCCAACACACACACACACCACACACAAAAGACAGGAGUCCUCAUUCUUACUAAUUCAUUCUGCACAAUUGUGUAAUUGAUUUUUUCAGCAAGCAACCAUGAACUGGUUUGUUAGACGUACCGUAUUUUGAGAUACCAACCAGGUCUCCAGUCAUACCUUCUGCUGCCUAAUGUGAGGCGUCAGCUCAGCCAAGCACACCCCAGCCCCACUCCAGCCCACCUCAGCCCACCCCAGGCCAGCCCUGCCCACCCUAGCCGACCCCAUCCCAGACCACCCCAACCCUGGCUGUCACAACUAGCCCUGUCACCUCUCUUUCCCAUCUCACAAGCUCUCUCACUCUAGUGAUUUGAGUAGCACCAGGAAGCAUGGAUGAGGACCGGGCCCUGAGGGCAGGAAUGAACCAAAUGCCCCUGCAAGGGAUUCCCACACAUUAGAUACACCACAGCCACACUGCACUUCAAGGCGCCGUUCCAAUACUAUUUAACUUUUUGGGCAACCCGACCAAAUUCACAUAGAAAUGUGAGUUAUAGAUCUGUAAUUCUCAUUGAAACCAAGUCUAAGAAGCAGUAGAUCUGUUCUAUGUGUGCUAUUUCUAUGAUUCUAUUCUUAAGUUUAGUUUUUUGCGUUUUUUACUUUCAAACAGCUGAAAAUACAAUAUUUUUGUUUAUGGAAAAUAUAUUUCACAGCGGUUUAGAUGGUACAAUGAUUCUCUACACUAUAAUUGCUUGUUUUGGCACAUAAACUGGAAUUAGGCGAACUAUUCAGAUUUUUCACAACCAGGAAAUGGCGGAACAAUUUCUGCAUAGAGCACCUUUAAAGAAAUCUUACUUCCUUGUUUCUAUUUCUCUUCGACCCACUAUCGACCUAUCGUCUCUCCCCCUUCACCCCCCCCCCCCCACCCAGGACAGCAUAAUGAUGCUCGUAUGAACCUGGCGAUCGCCCUGACAGCAGCCAGACAUGGUGCUGCCAUCGCUAACUACACAGAGGUGGUCCACCUGCUGAAGAAGACAGACGCAGUGACGGGCAAGGAGAAGGUCUGUGGGGCGCGCUGCAGGGACGUUAUUACAGGUACGCAUGCACACACACACACACACACACACACACCACACACACACACACACACACACACACACAAAGACACAGUAUGACGGUGGUUUUUGAUUGAAACUGUUAUGAUCUCUCACAGGAAAUGAAUUUGACGUCAGAGCCAAAUGUGUCAUCAACGCCACGGGACCGUUCACUGACUCUCUGAGGAAAAUGGACGACGGGAAAAACACUAACAUUUGCCAGCCCAGUGCUGGGGUUCACAUAGUUAUCCCUGGUUAUUACAGGUACAGUACAGGGACAGCACCACACUGUCACACCUUCACACCAGGGACAGCAACACCCUGUCACACCUUCACACCAGGGACAGCAACACCCUGUCACACCUUCACACCAGGGACAGCACACUCUGUCACACCUUCACACCAGGGACAGCAACACUCUGUCACACCUUCACACCAGGGACAAUAGCACCCUCACAACCAGUUAAACUUAGGUCAUGAAUUUAAAUUCAACUCAUGAAUUGAAAAGUGUCAUUUAUUUUUAAUGAGGGAAUUUCAAUUCAGCAGCGCUGACCAACCAGGUCUUCCUAAAUGUAGUUGUCAUAUCCAUAGCCCCUCCUCCCUCUGCCCUGUUCUUGUAGUCCUGACAACAUGGGUCUCCUGGACCCGGCAACCAGCGACGGCCGUGUCAUCUUCUUCCUGCCCUGGGAGAAGAUGACCAUCGCCGGGACAACGGACACGCCCACUGACGUCACCGCCCAUCCCAUCCCCAGGGAGGAAGACAUCAACUUCAUCCUGAACGAAGUCCGCAAUUACCUCAGCCCUGAUGUAGAGGGUACGUAACCCCCCCAAACUACCUCAGCCCUGAUGUAGAGGGGACGUAACCCCCCCAAACUACCUCAGCCCUGAUCUAGAGGGACGUAACCCCCCCAAACUACCUCAGCCGUGAUGUAGAGGGUACGUAACCCCCCAAACUACCUCAGCCCUGAUGUAGAGGGACGUAACCCCCCCAAACUACCUCAGCCCUGAUGUAGAGGGGACGUAACCCCCCCCAAACUACCUCAGCCCUGAUGUAGAGGGACGUAACCCCCCCAAACUACCUCAGCCCUGAUGUAGAGGGUCCGUAACCCCCAAACUACCUCAGCCCUGAUGUAGAGGAUACGUAACCCCCCCAAACUACCUCAGCCCUGAUGUAGAGGGUCCGUAACCCCCAAACUACCUCAGCCCUGAUGUAGAGGUCCGUAACCCCCAAACUACCUCAGCCCUGAUGUAGUGGACACGUAACGUUGACUUUCAAACAGCACAGCAGCUAGUAAUUAUGCUGGAGACACUACAGGCUUGAUUUUCUGAUUGUUUAGCUUGAAAUGGGUUUGCCGUUUGAUGUAAUACCUGUCCGAUGCCUCUGUGCCUCAGGUAACGAUCUCUGUCACCACAUGCAGAUGAGAUUCACUGUGUUCUCUGACUGGUUCUAGGACCUCUGAUAAGAUAUGAUAUGAUGUGGUCAUUUGAUUUAGCAGAAUCUUGUGUGCGAUACUGACUCUGUCCUCUCCCUGUGGUCCUCAGUGAGGAGAGGAGACGUCCUGGCAGCAUGGAGUGGUAUCCGUCCUCUGGUCACUGACCCCAACUCUAAAGACACCCAGUCCAUCUGCAGGAACCACAUAGUCAACGUCAGCGACAGCGGCCUGGUCACCAUUGCAGGUCAGUGCCUACUCUAAAACAAGUUGUAUCCUGAUUCAGUGCUAUAUACCUGUAGUAGUUUAUAGUGUGUUAGUAGCCAUCAAUAGCCCUUAGCCUAUAGACUUUUUCCUGCUCAAAUUUGAUAGGGCAUGUCCUGUAUUCUGUCUGGCCAUGUAUCUAAUAAUAAUGAUAAUUUGGUGGGUGUUUGUAUUUGUCCUAUUUCAUAUAUCUACAAGUGUGUAUUAUACACAUGUGAAUUGGAAAUGUGUUUUUUGCAAAUCCCACUCCCCCUGAGACACCCUCAGAGAGCAAUUAGGGUUAAGUGCCUUGCUCAAGAGCACAUCGACAGAUGUUUCAACUUAUCGGCUCGGGGAUUUGAACUAGCGACUUUCGGUGACUGGCCCAAUGCACUAACCGCUAAGCUACCCCUAUCGUAUCGGGUGUGUGUAACGUGGAUGAUCCCAUCACCUCAGGUGGGAAGUGGACAACAUACCGCUCCAUGGCGGAGGAGACCCUGGACGCAGCGGUUGCAGCCCACAGGCUGGGGGGCGGGCCCAGUAAGACAGUGGGUCUGGUGCUGGAGGGGGGCCAAGACUGGACCCCCACCUUGUACAUCCGACUGGUGCAGGACUACGGCCUGGAGAAUGAGGUGGGGACAGACCCUUCCCAUAGACCUUCAGUCUUUAGCCACCAUUUUGGAUCUAUAAUUCUCCCUAAGGCAAUGUCAAUUGCACUAUGGUUACACAGGCAGUGCCUUGCAAAAGUAUUCAUCUCCCUUGGCGUUUUUCCUAUUUUGUUGCAUUACAACCUGUAAUUUAAAUGGAUUUUUAUUUGGAUUUCAUGUAAUGGACAUACAUAAAAUAGUCCAAAUUGGUGAAGUGAAAUGAAAAAAAUAACUUGUUUCAAAAACUUCUAAAAAAGAAAUAACGGAAAAGUGGUGCAUGCAUAUGUAUUCACCCCCUUUGCUAUGAAGCCCCUAAAUAAGUUCUGGUGCAACCAAUUACCUUCAGAAGUCACAUAAUUAGUUAAAUAAAGUCCACCUGUGUGCAAUCUAAGUGUCACAUGAUCUCAGUAUAUAUACACCUGUUCCGAAAGGCCCCAGAGUCUGCAACACCACUAAGCAAGGGGCACCACCAAGCAAGCGGCACCAUGAAGACCAAGGAGCUCUCCAAACAGGUCAUGGACAAAGUUGUGGAGAAGUACAGAUCAGGGUUGGGUUAUAAAAAAAUAUAUCCGAAACUUUGAACAUCCCACGGAGCACCAUUCAAUCCAUUAUUAAAAAAUUGAAAGAAUAUGGCACCACAACAAACCUGCCAAGAGAGGGCCGCCCACCAAAACUCACGGACCAGGCAAGGAGGGCAUUAAUCAGAGAGGCAACAAAGAGACCAAAGAUAACCCUGAAGAAGCUGCAAAGCUCCACAGCGGAGAUUGGAGUAUAUGUCCAUAGGACCACUUUAAGCCGUACACUCCACAGAGCUGGGCUUUACGGAAGAGUGGCCAGAAAAAAGCCAUUGCUUAAAGAAAAAAUAUAUGUUUGGUGUUUGCCAAAAGGCAUGUGGCAGACUCCCCAAACAUAUGGAAGAAGGUACUCUGGUCAGAUGAGACUAAAAUUGAGCUUUUUGGCCAUCAAGGAAAACGCUAUGUCUGGCGCAAACCCAACACCUCUCAUCACCCCGAGAACACAAUCCCCACAGUGAAGCAUGGUGGUGGCAGCAUCAUGCUGUGGGGAUGUUUUUCAUCGGCAGGGACUGGGAAACUGGUCAGAAUGGAAGGAAUGAUGGAUGGCGCUAAAUACAGGGAAAUUCUUGAGGGAAACUUGUUUCAGUCUUACAGAGAUUUGAGACUGGGACGGAGAUUCACCUUCCAGCAGGACAAUGACCCUAAGCAUAAUGCUAAAGAAACACUUGAGUGGUUUAAGGGGAAACCUUUAAAUGUCUUGGAAUGGCCUAGUCAAAGCCCAGACCUCAAUCCAAUUGAGAAUCUGUGGUAUGACUUAAAGAUUGCUGUACACCGGCGGAACCCAUCCAACUUGAAGGAGCUGGAGCAGUUUUGCCUUGAAGAAUGGGCAAAAAUCCCAGUGGCUAGAUGUGCCAAGCUAAUAGAGACAUACCCCAAGAGACUUGCAGCUGUAAUUGCUGCAAAAGGUGGCUCUACAAAGUAUUGACUUUGGGGGGGGUGAAUAGUUAUGCACGCUCAUGUUUUCAGUUUUUUUGUGUUAUUUCUUGUUUGUUUCAGAAGAAAAAAUAUUUUGCAUCUUCAAAGUGAUAGGCAUGUUGUGUAAAUCAAAUGAUACAAACCCCCCCAAAAUCAAUUUUAAUUCCAGGUUGUAAGGCAACAAAAUAGGAAAAAUGCCAAGGGGGGUGAAUACUUUCGCAAGCCACUGUAUAUCAUAUAUCAGAACAUGUAACGUUGGUUAACGGUUGGAUGAAGGUUGAAAAUGUUGAGAUGAUGUUGCGUUACAAGACAGCAGUACACAGGGAUAUUGAUCCGAGGCUCUAGACCAGGGGUACUCAACUCUUACCCUACGAGGUCCGGCGCCUGCUGGUUUUCUGUUCUACCUGAUAAUUAAUUGCAAACACCUGGUGUCCCAGGUCUAAAUCAGUCCCUGAUUAGAGGGGAACAAUGAAAAAAGGUAGUGGAACUGGCUUGGAGGUCCAGAGUUGAGUUUGAAGGCUCUAGACCAGACCAGUGUACUUCCCUUUCAAGGUUUUAGAAGUCAUCUGUACCAGGUAGGCUCCACUUCCUAUCUAUGUUAACUUCUCAUUAGAGAAAGCCUUCCCCACCAUUAGGGUUUUUUCUAUAAUAUUCCAAAAGGUCAGUGUUCAUAUUUUGACAGCAUUUGACCUUUUGUUGAGAGAGCUAAGCCAACCAUCUGAAUAGCAAUAACCCCUUGUUUGGUCCAAACACAUGAUAAAUCAUAGACAUAACUGUAUGUACCCAUCACCCACCUCAGCAUAUCCAAAACAUUGGAGCUGUGCUGAAAGAUCGUAUCGAUCCACAAGGAGUUGCCUUUUAACAGCUGCCUGCUGCGUUUCACAAUACUCUCUCAAUACUGUCUUUGGCAAACGCUGUUGGUCAUAUUCAAACAAAACCAUUAACUGGUCUUCAAUCAUAAAGUGUCACCCUAAACCUUGUUUCAUUGAUUAUAUGACCCCACACAAUGCCCUCUCACAGUGCAAUGCCAUUUUGUCUUGGUAAAACCUCAAACAUGGAUUGCGGUUUUGAUUGAAUAGUGCCAUGUUUCCCAUAAUUCCACAGGUUGCCCAGCACCUGGCAGCGACGUACGGGGGGAAGGCAUUCGACGUGGCCAAGAUGGCGCGGGUCACUGGGAAGAGGUGGCCCAUCGUAGGGAAGAGACUGGUCUCUGAAUUCCCUUACAUUGAGAGUGAGGUGCAGUAAGGCUACUACAGAAUACUGCAUCAGAUUUGGAAAAGACAGCAUGUUUAUGUACACACACACACACACACACACACACACACACACACACAUCAUGACCAUAGACUAUUACGUUCUAUUAUCUAUCCAAUUGAAACACUCCCCCCACCCUCCUCCAGGUGAGGUAUGCCAUUAAGGAGUAUGCUUGUACAGCCAUCGAUGUGAUCGCCAGGCGCACACGGCUGGGUUUCCUCAACGUGCAGGCUGCUGAUGAGGCACUGCCACGCAUCGUAGAGAUCAUGGGAAAGAUGCUGGACUGGAGUGAUGAAAAGAGGACGGUACGUCACUAACUGUUGUUCCCGUCUUCUAGACUGUAGUUCAAAUGACUGUCUGGCAGUGUUACAGAAAGUAUUUUAGAACACCUUUUAAAUAACAUAUACAAACAAAGAAAUACUUUUUUACGUUUAAAAAUAACAACUUGCCUUAAUAUCUAUCUUUAAAUCCAUCUUUGUAUGAUUUCCUGUCCAGUAAAGACUUAGGACCUGUUUUAAUACAACCAUUGUUUUAAUGAUUCAGUGACUACAAUGCAUUCUCUCAUUCUCACUCACUGGACUAAUAAUAAUGUUUUGAUUUGAGUAGGGCCAACCCUAAAUCCAUGUGCUGCUAUUCCGUUUUAUAGGAGCGCUGGAGCCGCUGUUAGAUCAGAGUAUAAUAGUAGGCGCUACGCCCUUCCUGGAUUUCCCCCUCCAGGGGGGUGUGUGUGAACUUUCCCCCAGUUCUGGUAUUCCUGUUGUCCUGCUCUUUACAGGUUUAGUACAAGAUGCAUGAGUUCCUUUUACUUUAUAAGUUGUUGUUACAGUUAGCUAUGAUCCCUUUUCAUGAAUUAUGACUUAAAUGAGUUAUGAUUAAAGUUAUGAAGAAUAUACACUAUAUAUACAAAUGUAUGUGGACACCCCUUCAAAUUAGUGGAUUCAGCUAUUUCAGCCAAGUCAACAAGUCAGUUCGUCAAAUGUCUGCCCUGCUAGAGCUGCCCCGGUCAACUGUAAGUGCUGUUAUUGUGAAGUGGAAACGUCUAGGAGUAACAACGGGUCAGCCGCGAAGUGGUAGACCACACAAGCUCACAGAACAGGACUGCCGAGUGCUGAAGCGCCUAGCACGUAAAAAUCGUCUGUCCACGGUUGCAACACUAACUACCAAGUUCCAAACUGCCUCUGGAAGCAACGUCAGCACAAUAACUGUUCGUCGGAAGCUUCAUGAAAUGGGUUUCCAUGGCCGAGCAGCCGCACACAAGCCUAAGAUCACCUAGCGCAAUGCCAAGCGUUGGCUGGAGUGGUGUAAAGCUCGCCGGCAUUGGACUCUGGAUCAGUGGAAACGCGUUCUCUGGAGUGAUGAAUCACGCUUCACCAUCUGGCAGUCCGACGGACGAAUCUGAGUUUGGCUGAUGCCAGGAGAACGCUACCUGCCCCAAUGCAUAGUGCCAAUUGUAAAGUUUGGUGGAGGAGGAAUAAUGGUAUGGGGUUGUUUUUCAUGGUUUGGGCUAGGCCCCCUUAGUUCCAGUGAAGGGAAAUCUUAAUGCUACAGCAUACAAUGACAUUCUAGAUGAUUCUGUGCUUCCAACUUUGUGGCAACAGUUUGGGGAAGGCCCUUUCCUGUUCCAGCAUGACAAUGCCCCCGUGCAGAAGGUGAGGUCCAUACAGAAAUGUUUUGUCGAGAUCGGUGUGGAAGAACUUGACUGACCUGCACAGAGCCCUGACCUCAACCCAAUCGAACACCUUUGGGAUGAAUUGGAACGCCGACUGCGAGCCAGGCCUAAUCGCUCAACAUCAGUGCCCGACCUCACUAAUGCUCUUGUGGCUGAAUGGAAGCAAGUCCCCGCAGCAAUGUUCCAAUAUAUAGUGGAGAGCCUUCCCAGAAGAGUGCAGGUUGUUGUAGCAGCAAAGAGGGGACCAACUCCAUAUUAAUGCCCAUGAUUUUAGAAUGAGAUGUUCGAUGAGCAGGUGUCCACAUACCUUUGGUCAUGUAGUGUAACUUAUCUUCACUACCAUGGUUUGUUUAGGAGGAGCUGGAAGCUGCUAAGAAGUUCCUGUACCUUGAGAUGGGCUACAGGUCCCGCUCUGAGCAGCUGACCGGGACCUCAGAGAUCACACUGGACACACAGGAAGUGGCAAGGUACUCUACUUCCUGUCUACUUUACUCUCUACUUCCUGUCUACUUUACACUCUACUUCCUGUCUACUUUACUCUCUACUUCCUGUCUACUUUACGCUCUACUUCCUGUCUACAUUACACUCUAGGGCAGGGGUGUAAAACUCAAUCAGCGCCAUAUUGAAAAAAACACAACAAAUUUGCAGGCCAGACAUAGCCUAUUCAUAGCCUAUUAUGUGUUUUUUUUUACUAUUAAAAACUGGGCCAAACUGGCCAUUAUUUUAUUUGAAGAAAUAUGGCCCUUUACAAUGUCCACUUACACUGCCUUUGGAAGUAUUCAGACCCCUUGACUUUUUCCACAUUUUGUUACUUUACAGCCUUAUUCUAAAAUUGAUUACAUUGUUUUUUUUCCCUCAUCAAUCUACAUACCCAUAAUGACAAAUGACAAAAAAAUACAGGUUUUUAGAAAUGUUUGCUAAUUUAUUAAAAAUAAAAAACUGAAAUAUCACAUUUACAUAAGUAUUCAGACCCUUUACUCAGUACUGUCUUCUUGAGUAUGACACUACAAGCUUGGCACACCUGUAUUUGGAGAGUUUCUCCCAUUCUUCUCUGCAGAUCCUCUCAAGCUCUGUCAGGUUGGAUGGGGAGCAUCGCUGCACAGCUCUUUUCAGGUCUCUCCAGAGAUGUUAGAUCGGGUUCAAAUCCGGACUCUGGCUGGGCCACUCAAGGACAUUCAGAGACUUGUCCCGAAGCCAUUCCUGCGUUGUCUUGGCUGUGUGUUUAGGGUCGUUGUCCUGUUGGAAGGUGAACUGAGCGCCCUGGAGCAGGUUUUCAUGAAGGAUCUCACUGUACUUUGUUCCGUUCAUCUUUGCCUCGAUCCUGACUAGUCUCCCAGUCCCUGCUGCUGAAAAACAUCCCCAUAGCAUGAUGCUGCCACCACCAUGAUUCACCGUAGGGAUGGUGCCAGGUUUCCUCCAGACAUGACGCUUAACAUUCAGGCCAAAGAGUUCAAUCUUGGUUUCAUCAGACCAGAGAAUCUUGUUUCUCAUGGUCUGAGAGUCUUUAGGUGUCUUUUGGCAAACUCCAAGUGGGCUGUCAUGUGCCUUUUACUGAGGAGUGGCUUCCGUCUAGCCAUUCUACCAUAAAGGCCUGAUUGGUGGAGUGCUGCAGAGAUGGUUGUCCUUCUGGAAGGUUCUCCCAUCUCCACAGAGGAACUCUAGAGCUCUGUCAGAGUGACCAUUGGGUUCUUGGUCACCUCCCUGACCAAGGCCCUUCUCCCCCGAUUGCUCAGUUUGGCCGGGUGGCCAGCUCUAGGAAGAGUCUUGGUGGUUCCAAACUUCUUCCAUUUAAGAAUGAUGGAGGCCACUGUGUUCUUGGGGACCGUCAAUGCUGCAGAAAUAUUUUGGUACCCUUCCCCAGAUCUGUGCCUCGACACAAUCCUGUCUCUGAGCUCUACGGACAAUUCCUUCGACCUCAUGGCUUGGUUUUUGCUCUGACAUGCACUGUCAACUGUGGGACCGUAUAUAGACAGGUUUGUGCAUUUCCAAAUCAUGUAAAUUAAUUGAAUUUACCACAGGUGGACUCCAAUCAAGUUGUAGAAACAUCUCAAGGAUGAUCAAUGGAAACAGGAUGCACCUGAGCUCAAUUUCGAGUCUCAUAGCAAAGGGUCUGAAUACUUAUGUAAAUAAGGUAUUUCUGUUUUUUUAUUUGUAAGAAAUUUGCAAAAAUGUCUAAAAACCUGUUCUCGCUUUGUCGUUAUGGGGUACCGUGUGUAGAUUGCUGAGGAUUAUUUAUUUAUUUUUAAUCCAUUUUAGAAUAAGGCUGUAACGUAACAAAAUGUGGAAAAAGUCAACGGGUCUGAAUACUUUCCGAAGGCACUGUAUGUACAUAGGAUGCUGUAUAUAGCAUUUAUAACAUAUUAAAACAAAAGAAGAGCUCAGUAAUAUUUGUCCAGCCUGCUGCUAUGCUUGCAGAUGUGCAUAAUAUGCUGCGACCCUAAUCAAAAAGUAUUUAAAAACUCAAAAUAACAAAAAUGUAGCUAGGUUGUUGUAACAUUUAAACUUAAAACAUGGAUCACCGCUGUAUGGUGCACUCAAAAUGUCUUGUAGAUGAGUAGUCAGCCUAGCCUACUGCUCAAAUGUUGCUGUUGUUGUGGAAAACUCGAUCCAAAGGCAGAGACUAUUUAAUUGUAUAAUAGAAAAAUCUUUAAUGCAUACGAGCAGCUGCAAGGUAGAUCCGUCUCUGAUCUGAGUCUGGGAAGAACUUGGAGGGGAGAUGGUUAAAUGUCCCUUUUAUAUAGUGUGAGGUGAUAAUAAAAUCAUAUUGUUAACACAACAGUUAUUUUAUACAAGCAACAGUUCCAGAACACAAUGGCCUUGUGUUAGGGUGCACACAUACCAGGAGUCUAUGAAAGGCAUAACAUCACAGUCCAACACAGAACAUAUCUCUUGAGAAGUGACAACAGCUCACCCCAAAUUAUGCCACCACACUGUAACAGGCCUACAUGUUUCUCCUUUGCAUGGUGUUCUGUUGCAGGUUGAGUUGUUUGGUUAUUCACUGUCAAGCUUUAAAAACCGAAGCCAGACGGCAACAUGUUAGUAGCCUAGCUAGGACUGUGGCAUGUGUCUGGACACUUUCCCUCGGCUGCGCGCUGGAAACGGGACACACGAACGCAAUGCAGUUGAUGUUGAAUUCACCGACGUGAGCGUGCAUCAGGCUGUAAUUUCAUAAAGUAGAUGACUCAACUGUUCACUCAUUUAUACUCGCUUGUGUGUCCUAUUGUCCUUUAGUAGUCAUUUAUACCCACGUGUGAAUCCCUUAUCUUAUAACUUUUUGACGACCAAGAUUACAUUUUCUGUAGACGACAGCAAUGACUCGUUGGAACCGAAACGUGGCAUGGACAUGUAGCCUACAACACGUAUAAACUUUGGGUCCGGUAGAAGAUUUGGUCAGUGCCAUUGGUGAUGACAUGAUACAGCUCACUGGCUGGCUGUGUGGGUCUGGAACAGGCGCUGUGUGGCAAUGCACUGCCGUUUGGCGUGCAGCACGUUGACAGUGCUUGCUGUGACUUAUAGUGCAGCGCACUGUGGCUGUAUGGAAGCGGGACAAAAUUAAUUGACAACCCAAAUCAUUGCGCGGGUCCAGAUAGAAAUGUGUCACAGGCCGGAUUCUGCCCGCGGGCCUUGUGUUUGACACGUGUUCUAAGGGAGCAACUGACUGGAUUGAGAUGGACCCCUGAUAUACCAAGGGGUCAAUCUCAAUUCAGGCAGUUGCUCCCUCCCAUCUGACCUUCUUAAGUCACUCCCCUUGAGAUGUUGCCACGAUUUGAGAUGCAGAUUGCAUUAAUAGCUCUGUCUGAUUGACAGGUACACAAACCGGUUCCACAAGUUUGACAAAGACAGUAAAGGCUUCAUCACCACAGUGGAUGUUCAGAGGGUCUUACAGGUGAGAAACUUUCCCGUCUCUCUUUGGAAUCUUUUUCCAUGUGUGCAGACUGGGCUCAUGUAAACUGUGUGCAAAGGCCAUUGCUAAGCAACUAACAAAAGAGGUGUGGCGUUAUUUCCUGAUAUUUUGUCUCACUGGUCUCUCUCCCCCUCCCAGAACAUAAUUUCCUGAUAUUUUGUCUCACUGGUCUCUCUCCCCCUCUCAGAACAUAAUUUCCUGAUAUUUUGUCUCACUGGUCUCUCUCCCCCUCUCAGAACAUAAUUUCCUGAUAUUUUGUCUCACUGGUCUCUCUCCCCCUCUCAGAACAUCAUUUCAUGAUAUUUUGUCUCACUGGUCUCUCUCCCGCUCUCAGAACAUAAUUUCCUGAUAUGUUAUCUCACUGGUCUCUCUCCCCCUCCCAGAACAUCAGUGUUCAGAUUGAUGAGAACGCUCUCCAUGAAAUCCUCAACGAAGUGGACCUCAACAAGAAUGGACAGGUGGAGCUGAAUGAGUUUUUACAGGUAGGUGUUUUUUGUGUGUAUGUAUGUAUUUGUGUGUGUUUAUGUAUGUGUGUGUAUGUGUGUGUGUGUAUGUAUGUAUUUGUGUGUGUGUAUGUAUGUAUGUGUGUGUGUGUGUGUGUGUGUGUGUGUGUGUGUGUGUGUGUGUGUGUAUGUAUGUAUUUGUGUGUGUGUCCCCUGUCCUCCCUCCACCAAUAAGAGGACUCAUUAAUUCUCAGGCCCAUGGUCAAUAUUCUCUCUCGCUCUCUCUCCUCUUUCUUUCUUUCUUUCUUUCUUUCUUUCUUUCUUUCUUUCUUUCUUUCUUUCUUUCUUUCUUUCUUUCUUUCUUUACCAUGAGAAGCUAAACAAACAGACCAGGCUGGAGAACAUGAUAAUACACUCCUCAGGGAGAAGGAUCAAUUACCCAACCCCCCCCCCCCCCCCCCCCCCCCCCCCCCCUCCCACACACACACACACACCAACACUCAGCUACAGAACAGGUAGAUGCUCCGAUUAGUUUUACAUGAUUACAACAUUCCAAUUAAUAGAGAAUAGGUGAUUCUGUUCGCUGGGUGUUUUUUCCCUUGUGCGAGUGGCAAGGCAUGACAGACCCUCCUAUGAAGGGAGCUGUAGGUGUGAAAGCCUAACUGGGAGUAUGUUCUCUCCUGACCAGAUACAGAUCAUUAGAGGCUGAAACAUAUGACAAUGACUCCAGGUAAUGAGGGUGAGAUAGAUCUACAGUACUUCCAGGUUGUUAGUAGUCAUCAUGUGAUCAAUUAGGAAGUAUAAUGCUGAGGACCAUAGAAUACCUUUAUUAUAAGAACUGUUGACAGGAGAUGACUUUCCAUGGUCAAGUAAAAAUCCCAAAAUGGUUUGGAGUACUGUAAAACCGGUGUACUACUACUAUCAGUGCAUUCGGAACGUAUUCAGACCCCUUGACCUUUUCCACAUUUUGUUACGCUACAGCCUUAUUCUAAAAUGGAUUCAAUUGUUUUUUCCCCCUCAUCAAUCUACACACAAUACCCUAUAAUGACAAAGCAAAAAUAUGUUUUAGAAAUGUUUGCACAUUUAUUACAAAUAAAAAACUGAAAUAUAUACAUUUACAUAAGUAUUCAGACCCUUUACUCAGUACUUUGUUGAAGCACCUUUGGCAGCGAUUACAGCCUGGAGUCUUCUUGGGAAUGACGCUAUAAGCUUGGCACACCUGUAUUUGGGGUGUUUCUCCCAUUCUUCUCUGCAGAUCCUCUCAAGCUCUGUCAAGUUGGAUGGGGAGCGUCGCUGCACAGCUAUUUUCAGGUCUCUACAGAGAUGUUAGAUCGGGUUCAAAUCUGGGCUCUGGCUGGGCCACUCAAGGACAUUCAGAUACUUGUCCUGAAGCCACUCCUGCGUUGUCUUGGCUGUGUGCUUAGGGCCGUUGUCCUGUUGGAAGGUGAACCUUCACCCCAGUCUGAGGUCCUGAGUGCUCUGGAGCAGGUUUUCAUCAAGGAUCUCUCUGUACUUUGCUCCGUUCAUCUUUCUUUUGAUCCUGACUAGUCUCUCAGUCCCUGCCGCUGAAAAACAUCCCCACAGCAUGAUGCUGCCACCACCAUGAUUCACCAUAGAGAUGGUGCCAGGUUUCCUCCAGACGUGAUGCUUGGCAUUCACGCCAAAUAGUUAAAUCUUGGUUUCUCAUGGUCUGAGAGUCCUUUAGGUGCCUUUUGGCAAACUCCAAGCGGGCUGUCAUGUGCCUUUUACUGAGGAGUGUCUUCCGUCUGACCACUCUACCGUAAAGGCCUGAUUGGUGGAGUGCUGCAGAGAUGGUUGUCCUUCUGGAAGGUUCUCCCAUCUCCACAGAGGAACUCUGGAGCUCUGUCAGAGAGACCAUCGGGUUCUUGGUCACCUCCCUGACCAAGACCCUUCUCCCCCGAUUGCUCAGUUUGACCGGGCGGCCAGCUCUAGGAAGAGUCUUUGUGGUUCCAAACUGGAGGCCACUGUGUUCUUGGGGACCUUCAAUGCUGCAGACAUUUUUUGGUACCCUUCCCCAGAUCUGUGCCUCAACACAAUCCUGUCUCGGAGCUCUACGGACAAUUCCUUCGACCUCAUGGCUUGUUUUUUGCUCUGACAUGCACUGUCAACUGUGGGACCUUAUAUAGACAGGUGUGUGCCUUUCCAAAUCAUGAACAAAUCAAUUGAAUUUACCACAGGUGGACUCCAAUGAAGUUGUAGAAACAUCUCAAUGAUGAUCAUUGGAAACAGGAUGCACCUGAGCUCAAUUUCGAAUCUCAUAGCAAAGGGUCUGAAUACUUAUGUAAAUAAGGUAUUUCUGUUUUUCAUUUGUUUUUUCGCUUUGUCAUUAUGGGGUUUUGUGUGUAGAUUGAUGAGGAAAAUAUUAAUUUAAUCCAUUUUAGAAUAAGGCUGUAACGUAACGAAAUGUGAAAAAAGUAAAGGGGUCUGAAUACUUUCCAAAUGCACUGUACACACACACACACACACACACACACACACACACACACAUACAUGCACACAGCGUAUCUCGUUGCAUUAGUUUGAUACCUUGCAUUACGUCCAGUUUCCUCAUCCUCUAUAUUCCCUCUGUUCCCUGCUCCCAGCUGAUGAGUGCUGUGAAGAAGGGCCAGGUGUCUGACAGCAGGUUGGCCAUCCUCAUGAAGACAGCUGAGGAGAGCCUGGACCUGAGGGCACCUGUGUCUGUGGACCGCAGUGGAGGAGGGGUGUGAGGGGAACCCAUCCGCACCGUACCACCACACCGUACCACCACAACGUACCACUACACCGUACCACCACAACGUACCACCACCACUACACCGUACCACCACAAC